GAUACCUUUGAUGGAGAAAGUUUCAAUGUGGUGAUUGACAGAGGACAACUGGACAAUCUUUACAAAGACUUGCCAUCAGAUCAAAGGACUAAAUCUUGCUGUACAGACUAUUUUUCUGAGAUUCAAAGAUUUCUUAAAGUUGGAGGCCGGUACUUAUGUUUCACAUUUGCAACAGGAGAUGUUCUGGACUAUUUGCUUAGUUAUUUUUCAUCAGGAUGGUUUUUUAGAGUGCAUUUAUUACAGAUAGAUGCAUUGGAUCAAAGACCAGUUCCACCACCAUUAUUUUGUUUUGUUUUGACAAAGACAAAGUUUACGGGUCAGUAUGCAUUUUGAAAUAAUAUAAUUUACUACAUUACCGUGUAUUUUCAUUCAAAUACAUGUAUUUUUCCAUGUUUAUUCGUUCAUAAUUUGUUGUCAAUUUUAUUGGAAGAGUUUUCUCAUGUGUCUAAUAACAGAAAAAUUAUUGGAUGAAUGAAGUCACCCAAAGAAAGCUUAGGAUAAAAUACUGUCUGUAAGAUUUCUAAUGCUCUGCAAAGGAAAAUACGAACUGGUGAACUCUUUGUUUUGAAAUACAUUUGUUCUACUGCCUUGUAAGUAGUAAAGGAUGUUGCAAACAUAUUGAAAAUAUCUUGGAAGUGAAUAAUAAUUAUUCUUCAUAUCAAAUAUAGGUCCCAGAUUCAGGUCCAUUGUUUAUGGUGGAAAGUGAACUUAGUAUAACUGUUUAUCCAGCUAGUUUACAGGCACUCCACUCAAAUAUUUAGAAACAAAAAAUUCAAAUACAACAUAACAGGAUUAGAAACCCCAACUGGCAGGAGGCAACCAGUUGGAUAUUUACAAGCAUGGCUGAGGAUUGAACUCAGGACAACCAAGAACAAAUCCAGCAAUUCACCUGAGCAGGACUUAAACCUGGGACCGCUGGAUUGCGAGUCUGGCACACUGACCACUCGCGCUGCCUCCUAAAUGAAUAUAGCUUUAUUAAUUUUAUUUCCUAGUCAUAAAAUGCACGCUGUUAAAGUAUAUAUUGAAUCAAAUCAACUCAAUCCAGAUGCCUGAUUCAGUACAUUUUAAGAAAAAGUAUGCCUUUUACACCUUUAGUGCUAAUAGCAAGUGUGUGAGCAGGGCUGUCAUUAAGAGCCGGGGCCAGGGAUUUUGCCCAGCUAUUAUGAACGGGGCCCCUAGCUUCUUUCACAGGAAAAUAGAAGAAAAACGGAACCAAAAGAAAUCAUUAGCUGUUUGAUUCCCCGCCUACGUGUUGUAUUUACCCAGCAACAUGAAAUCUUAGUGACAACCCUGGUGUCAGUUUUUGGACAGUCUUGUAUAAUAAGGGCAAGGCAGGUUAUAUAAUACGAGCUAUAACAAUAUCGUUAGCAACAUUAAUGUCUUAAGUAUUUGAAAUGGCAGGUCACAUUUAUAUACUAUAACAAUAAUAAUAUUGUUACAUGUAGUAUACCGUAAACUUCUGCUUAAUUAAGCCUCGCCAGUUACAGGCCCAUCUACCUGUAUUGAAAUAAAUUCAACUUUUUAUGAGGUCUUGAAGCCUAAAAAAGUGAGUAAAGUCAAACAGUAUUUUGAUCAGCACUGCUGUGCAGCUUGUUUUGAAACCUUUUUUUUACUCCGGUUAUAAAACCUCUUACAAAGUUAUACAAGCCCAGGGCUUUUAAGAAGAAGUUUAUGGUAGAUGACCUAGGAGACAAUAGUGCAGCUAGCAUAAUGAUGGUUAGGCUGAAUUUCUGAAUUCUUUGUCUGUCACCUCUGUAAAUAACAUUGGAGGUUUGACUUUGUUUUCUGCCCUGGGGACUUUUCAUUGAGUGUUCUGGUAUUGCUUCCUCCUCACAAAUCAACAUAACUUUCCAAAUUCCUAUUCAGUUAGAUAUUCAAAAGCCGCUGAUUUGCCAGGUCACAGAAAUUUUUAAGAGCUACUCUUGUAAAAGAAAGCCCAUUAAGCCCACUUUCACUGCAUUUUUAUUAGCUUUUUGUGAACGAGUUUGUCCAUACACCAUUUUACAGUCAAACCAGGUCAGGCGUUCCCGUCGCUAACGAACUAAUGAAUUCAUUAACGAAAAAAUGAUUUCGUUUGUUGACUCAAUAAUCCAUUCAUAAAAUGAACAAUCCAAUAUUCAUUUUUACCCUCGAUUCCAUAAUCGAAUGUUGAUUCGAUUACUGUUUUUUGAAAAACUACAAUUUCCACAAGUCGACCUCAGAAUUUUGUUUUUCUUCUUUUUUUCUAAGAGUCGAGUGUGGGCGACUUCUGAAGUUCAAACCCAAACAAACUGUUACAUGUACGCCAUUUUGCUGCCAAUAAUCAGUGCAACAGACCUGGGACCCGUUUCUCGAAAAUCCCGGUAAUUUUUCGGGCCCGAAAUCAAAUAUUCAAAUCGAAAUAUAAGAACAAGGGCGCGGGUCAUGGCUAGCAAACUACUCCAUUUUGUUUCAUUAGCUGAUAGUUUUAUCAUGUUAGAUGCAGAGUAUUGAACUCGAUCUUUAAUGUAAACGGAGACAGCUUACCGGGCCCGUUAAUUAUCGGGACUUUCGAGAAACGGGCCCCUGACCUCUUAGAAAACACGACGGUCAAACUGAGGUCAGUGUAUGAGCGGUGAUUGGUGGAUUUCGAUCCUCGGCCUUUGUCAGUUUCUUUGCGUUUGCGGUCUGUCUUUUCUAGCUGUUAUUUUGAUUAAAGGCAAUGAAAAGCGCAAUUGUAAACGGCAGGAAAAGGGAAGCAAAUAUGAUUGAACACAACAGACGAGAAUAAAGAACGGGUAGAUUUUGUUCAUAAACCAAAUCAAUAUUUCAUUAUUGAAUCGAGGUCCAAUUUGACUGUUGGAUUAUUCAUUUUAUGAAUGGAUUAUUGAAUCAACAAACGAAAUCAUUUUUGCAUUAAUGAAUUCAUUAGUAUGUUAGCGACGGGAACGCUUGACCUGGUUUGACUGUAAAGAAUUAAUCAUUGACGGGUUAUCUGAGCACUCUUUUUAUGAACGUCAAUACUGCUCUUAUUCUUUAGAAUCAUCAGGCCACUCCUUAAAAAUCAUAGAAAUUUGUCUGGAAGGACUUGAUAAUAUUCAGAGAGUUGAUGAUUUUUCAGAAGUCAAGAAAACUAUUCAGGAAAUUCAGCAGUACCUUGUCAUGAAACGGUCACUUGGUAUGUAUGAAUGUGUGUAUGGAUACUGAAAAAUAGUAGAUUUAGAAACAUUGGUUUCCACUGGGGAAGAUUAUCACUCAGACAGCCCAGAGGUGUUAUGGAGCUUCUAGGAACAAGGGUACCUUGCUUAACUGGCAAUCCCUAAAACAAAUUUUAGAGUAUUAACAGCCACAAAGGCAGAUAAAACCAAACGCUUUAUUCGUUCAUCUGCUCUGCUCGACACCAAGUCAACUCACCUACUCUACGCCCACUCACACUGUUCAGUUCCCGUAUGUCCUGCACGUACAACCGCUGUACUCUUGCUCAUACAACCGCUGUACACUACACAAAUUCAAAUGAAAGUACUGGUAUGUUGGUACAUAAUGAGCUGAGUGAAUGUGUGUUUUAAGAGUAAAUAUGUGGCUCAAUUUAUUCUCAACAUUCUUCAUAAGAAUUUGUAUUAUUUUACAUUAUACCUGUAUCAGUUUUCUUCAGGUAGUAAGAGUCUGUUCAGCAUGAUAAAAAUACGUACAGUUCUGUGCCAGGUUGUUCAAAACAGGAUGAUGAUAACCCAGGAUUAGCACGACCUUAGAAUUCAAAUCAAAUUGCAGUAAAUUAUAUUUGCCUAAAAUUUGAUGUUUGGACGAUCUAAAAGGACUGGUCGCAAUUUUUGAGGAAACGCUUUAGAGGUAAAGAAACAGAAACCCGGACUAGAAUUUAGGUCUGGGUUAGCGAAUGGGCCUACGAAUAACUGAGCCCUGGAGUAAAACAUAGAGGUUCUUUGUUACUAAUAAUGUUGCAUUGUUUUCCUCUAAGAUAAUCACUAUCUGUAAUUUGUUGUUGUUUUCCCCUCCAUCUUUCAGAAAAAUGUCUUCCAGGACAACAUCUGAAUGUGGACUUGUAUUUAACAUCAGGCAGCUGUUCAAAACAAAGAAGUGUCCCUCGUUACUCACUGACAGUGGUAGACAUAACAAAGGCAUUAGGAAAAAAUGGAAAAUUUGCGAUUUUCAUUGUGCCUCAAGGUGCUACAAUAUCCUUUACAAUUCCUUUAAAAAAUUAAUUUCUAACAUUAGUGAGUUCAUUUCAUUUAGUCAGUUCAUUUAACUCCGCUUGUUUCUUUAAAAUAUUUCUUAAGAAAACAACAGAUUUUUUCUUUUUUAUUCCAAAAUGUCGGUUGUCAGGGAAGCGACGCUUGAUUCAUUGGUGCAACGCUUUAUUUAAGAAAAAGGCGGGGGAAAGUGUGCAAAUAGUGGCAACUUCAUGUAUAAAGCAGAAAACGUUGUUGUAAGGGAAGUGGGGAUUAGAAUUUGGAAAAUCGUGUAGACCUCUGGAAAAAUUCUGCCUACACUCCUUCCAUUUGCGUGGAGCCCAACUAAAAAAACAGUUAAUAGGCAUUGCUUACAAUACACUUAAAACGCACUGUGAUAAGAAAAAUUAUCUUUAUCUGUGUACCAUUCUUGUUAAUCUCUUUAGGCCGUGAAACGGAAUGGCUUUUCUCAUCUAAAGAAGGACAGACAGAUCUUGCCACUGAUGCGGGUUUUACUCGGGUUGUCAUAGCAACUCUCGGGAGGGGUCACACAUUUACCAAUAUGGACACGAUCAAGAAAGAACUUUCUACAAAAGUCAUGGAGCUUGCACCAAAAAACCUCAACCGGAAUACUCAGGUGACCAUUCAAUGGAGAAUAUCAAAAGUGUAGUGUAUUGUACAUCAAACAAGCGAGGAAAAUUACAGUUUAAACCAUUAUUGUGGCUAGGUUCACACUGCACCGGACGAAUUUUCCACCGGACACGUCGUUCACACGGGACCUUUCAAUAUUGUCGAAUCUACAACUGGUCGAAAACUCGUCCAGUACCGUGUAAACGUACCCUGAAUAAGGUGUACGGCAUCAGAAGAUAACUCACUGGCAUUAUUGUAUUUUUUUUAUUGUAACCCACCUUCGGAAACUUUACCUCUUUAUACCGCGUCGGGUAACUUUACCCGUUGUAGUAAAGUUUACCACGUUGGGUAAAAAUUUACCAAUUGUAGUAAACUUUAGUAAACUUUAGUACUAACGUUUACUGUUUCGGGUAAACUUUACCCAUUGUAGUGAAAUUUACCGGGUCGGGUAAACUUUACCCAUUGUAGUAAAGUUUAGCGCGUAAAGUUUACCGCGUCGUGACAACAACACAGACACAAAAUUUGCUAUCGCGUGCUCGCUGGAGGCCCCACGUUUAUUGAGUAAGCUAAUACAAUAACUACAAGUGUGCAUACAUAGCCUACAAAAUAAAAAAGAGAACUGAACGUCAGAGAAUAGCAACGAGCAUGCACAGGAUGAAAAAACAUCACCGCACUCGUUGCGGCAAACACUGAGGAAAAAUCCCGGCCUUGUGAAUAGAACCCUCCCCACCUGCCGGGCACGGUUAAGGAAACAAUAAAAAAAAUAAGACCAGUAAGGCAUGAAUUAGAUUCCUAAAGACUUCAUGACUGAUAGGACAGAAUAAAAAUCGUCCUAAACGUAGCUAUCUUGAGCGUUCUCGACUCUCAUGGAUACCGGCAUUGGCACAGUUUACCACGUCGGGUAAAGUUUACCCCUUGUAGUAAAGAUUACCACGGCGGGUAAAGUCUACCCAUUGUAGUAAAAUUUACCGAAUAGGGGUAAAGUUUACCCAUUGUAAUAAAGUUUACGGCGGCGGGUAAAGUUUACCCAUUGUAGUAAAGUUUACCACUUUAAAGAAAGUUUACCCAUUGUAGUAAAGUUUACCACUCUGGGUAAAGUUUACCCAUUGUAGUAAAGUUUACCACGUUGGGUAAAGUUUACCCAUUGUAGUAACGUUUACCCCGUUGGGUAAAGUUUACCCAUUGUAGUAAAGUUUACCACGUUUGGUAAAGUUUACCCAUGGUAGUAAAGUUUACCACGUUUGGUAAAGUUUACCCAUUGUAGUAAAGUUUACCACGUUGGGUAAAGUUUACCCGUUGUAGUAAAGUUUACCACGUUGGGUAAAGUUUACCCUUUGUAGUAAAGUUUACCACGUUGGGUAAAGUUUACCCAUUGUAGUAAAGUUUACCGCGGUGGGUAAAGUUUACCCAUUGUAGUAAAUUUUACCACUUUUGGUAAAGUUUACCCGUUGUAGUAACGGUUACCACUUUGGUUAAAGUUUAUCCAUUGUAGUAAAGUUUACCACGUUGGGUAAAGUAUACCCACUGUAGUAAAGUUUACCACGUUGGGUAAAGUUUACCCAUUGUAGUAAAGCUUACUACGAGGGUUACAUUUUACAAAUGGGUAAAGUUUACCUAAAGGGGUAGACCUUGACAAUUAGUAAACUCAGUUAAAGGGUAAAGUUUACCGCGGCGGGUAACGUUUACCCAUUGUGGUAAAGUAUACCGAAUCGGGGUAAAGUUUACCCAUUUUGGUAAAGUUUACCGGGGCGGGUAAAGUUUACCCAUCGUAGUAAUGUUUACCACGUCGGGUAAAGUUUACCCAUUGUAGUAGAGUUUAUUGCGUUGGGUCACUUACCCUUUAACUGAGUUUACUAAUUGUCAAGGUCUACCCCUUUAGGUAAACUUUACCCAUUUGUAAAAUGUAACCCUCUCUUUUAAAUUUUACCUUUUUAAGUUAUCUUUCCUGAUAAACUGUAUGCUUUGCACUAGAAAUUACUGCAUCCUGUAUGCUUUACCCAUUUCAGUAAAGUUUAAGGUCGCAAAGGAGCCAUGCAUGCUUUAGUUAAACGACAUGCUUGCAGGAUGUGUAAAGAGAGAAUAGAGUUGCAAAGUUAAUCAGCUGACAGUCAACUGGUUACCGUUUCCGACAUAAACUUUCUGCCUUUUGAACUCUUGAAAUGGUACGGUUCGAAAGUUAUAGCUUCUUAAGAUAAGGUUAUGCUUUGGAUUAUUACAUAUGAUUGCUGCUUGUUGUCAUUUAUUUCUUGUCGUGUGAUUUUUGUUUGUUUUUUUUAUCGUAUUUGAUCUCAUCCAGGUUCCUUUUCUUUCUGUUGGGGAAGAUCUUGGGAGUCGAGUAGUGUUACAUGAAGGAUAUUCCGAGCUAAGUGGUGAUUACGUUGUGGAGGAUGUCGACGGUGAUGGCGGGCAGAAAUUCCGGAGACUUAUCUUUCUAAGUAACAAAAAUGUGGUACAGUCGGAGGCCAGACUCAUUUCAGGUUAGACAAACAUUUCUUAGGAUGCAUCGGAAUCGUUUUGAGGGAGAUAGGAAAACGUUUAACAAUGCUAUAUUUAACUGGUUUUGAAUUAUAUUCUCGUUAGGUGCCCCCUGAUUUGUCUUUCUCUUAGCGAACAUUAGUAAUGCGGGCUGAAGGUUUCCUUACAAACGCAGCAAAGGAGACAUGCUCACUCGUCUCAAUUCCUUUUAGACCACCAUACCCGUACGUGUCAACAACACAGACACAAAAUUUGCUACGCGUACUCGCUAGAGGCCCCACGUUUAUUGAGUAAACUAAUACAACAACUACAAAUGUGCUUACAAUGAUAAUAGCCUACGAAACAAAAAAGAAAACUGAACGUCAGGAAGUAGCAACGAGCAUCCACCUUGCUCGUUGCGGCAGAAACUGAGGAAAAAUCCUGGCCUUGUGAAUAGAACCCACCCUCCAUGCCGGGCACGGUUAACAAUUAAAAUAUACUAACAAUAAAGCAUAAAUUAGAUUCCUAAAGACUUCGUGACUUAUAGGGAUGAAUUAAAGUCGCCCUUAACGUAGCUAUCCAUAGUGUUCUCACUCACUCAAUGCGGGCCAGGAUGUCAUUGUAACCCUCAUCGUAGCAAAUUUUCAUCUUUAUUUAAUACAGCUCUUGUGGUAAUUUUUACAAAUCCUUGUUAAUGGCGACGUAGUUCAUACUCAAACUUGGGAGGUAUUGACUCUCAAAAACCCCAUAGAGCCACCUUGCAUUGAUCAGAUGGUCCCAUACACCUGCGCACAUAUGGUCCCAUACACUUGGGCACAUUAGGUCCUAUAUACAGAUGGUCCAUAUACUUGGCACAGUUGGUCCAAUACACUCGGGCGCAGAUGAUCCCAUACACUUGGGCACAGAUGGUCCCAUACACCUGGACACAGAUGGUGCCAUAGGGACUACAACACUUAGACACUCGUAACAAAUCCGUAGAUAGUUUAUAACGACGAGAGCAUAUUUUAAAGCUAAUUUUCGAAAACGUGGAAAAAUCCGAUUAGUGGAACGACUUGCAUUAUGAAAGAAAAAAUAGAGUAGCAAAUGAAACUGUAUAUGUUUCCGAUCUGUUCAUUGACGAUAAUCUGGGCCCGGUUCCUGAAAGGCCGAUUAGCAUUAAUCCAGGAUUAAAAUUUUGUUCCGUUUUUUUAUUUUACAUUUCUAUGUAUUGCUUAGGGUAACAUUUUGUGUGAUCAUUACUGUAUCUCGUAGUAAAGGCUCAACACUACUUUGUAACCUCGAGUUGCAUGUUCUUAGACGAGAAAACCGUGCUUGAUAUUUGGCUUAAUCCUGGGUAAAACUUAACCAUCUUUCGAGGAACCGGGCCCAGAUCUCAGUCCUAGAAACCCCUUUCUGCUCACCAGCAUUGACAUUUGAACACUAAAUCGGUUGGCCCUUUAGUAAGUGCAGAAAUUAUAAAGGGAAAAAAGAUGAGUGUUUUUUUUUUAAAUAUUGUUUUAAUUAUUUAUUUGUAUUUAUUUAUUUUAUUAACGAACCUAAAAAACGCGUACAAGGGCUGUACUGUGACGUAUAUGCCGUCUUAGUCCUAGUCAUCUUGCAUCGUACUUGUCCUUCUGCAGAAACGCUGGUAGCUGCAAAUUUAUUUCAUGGUUUACGGUGGUUUAGUAAUUAGCCUUUCAAAUUUAGUAGAAAUGUUACGUGAGCUUUCUUCCACUUCAGAUAAAACCACUUCAAAGAAGAAGAAAGGAAAGCAGAUUAAACAGCCCGUUACUAGUGUUGUUUCCCAAGUGGAUCAUGGAUAUUUAGCAUGCCAGCAUCACAGAGUUGCUAUUACAGGCCUGGCUUGGAUUCAAGAAUUUUUCAACUCAGGUAAAGACAUAAAGGCCUUCGGCAAAAGACCCAUUUAAAGUUAAACGAGUGAAAAACGACAGAACAAUCGCCCAUCGUAAUCAGACUGCAUUAGAAUUGCUCUCCUUUUCCAAAAGUCCUUUCUCACCUAUUGCCCCUUGUGUCUCUUUCCAAUCUCGUGAUUUCUUUUGAUUUCAAAGGACCACACGACCUGAUUAGCCUUAAUGAUAUGGUGCCUUUUUUAUUUAACUAACUCAUCACUUGUCCGUUUUCCCUAGUCAUGUGCCGAAUUCCUAUAGGCUGAUCAUUGGGUUACGUGGUUCUGCUUUGAAUGGCAAGAGUUAAAACCGUGGUUUUGGUUUUACGAUUAAAGAUUUAGUUUGGAUUUCACAACCAAGAUGAAGUUAGUUUAAUUACGAACAUUUGUUUUUCCCAGAUGAAACUAAGACAGGGUUAAUAGUCGGGCUUGGCGGAGGAGGACUGGCAAUGUUUCUUUACCAGUUUUUCACAAAGGUGACUAGUUAUUCCUUCAAACUUUUAUUCUGUAAUCGAUAGAGAUUUCAGUAAAGUAUGCAGGUUAUUUUACAUUGUUACUAUGAUCACCACUUUGUAAAGCAGCGAUCCACGAUGUUGUGGUUACAGAUGUAUGCGUAGCUUCUACUUUCGGGGAGAAGAAAGGGCCUGGUUGGGGUGAUUUUAAAAUGAGUUGACGUUUUUGCUAGUUUACCCUACAUCCACUGCAUUGCAUUGGUCACAUUUUCCUUGGCAAAAUUGUUAACAAAUUUAGCAGAAAAAUAUACUGGUUGCUGAAAUAAGCAGCGAAAAUGACUAGGAUAACAAACGUAAAGGAAAUCAGAACGCAAUUGACAAGGGGAUCUGAUUAAAGGAAAUUAUCACAGUUAGCUAAACUGCAUAACAGGCGCCAUGAAUACUAUUAUGACUUGUGUGAACAGUUAACCGUAUCUGUUAGAACUGGGUUAGAAACUACUUAACAAAGAAGACAAUUAAAGUUGGCUGUUCUCGCAACGUUAUGGAUGCUGGAUAAUGACAAGUAGUUUCUUGAGCCUUGAUUCCUUCCAUUUAUGCACGUAGUUCAUUUUUGUAUACUUGACCUCUGGUGACGGUUUUUUACUUUAACUUUAGGAACAUGAAACGUUUUUAUGGGAGUUGCUCUUUUUUUUGGUCAUUAAAAACGUUGAUUCUGUUUCACUUAGUCGUUGAUCAUUUGGCAAAUAACUGAUUAAAAAAAGACUAGCCGUACUAACUUUCAUCUUUGUUGGGAGACAGAACAGUGGGCUGUGUGCGCGGCUUGAUCAGUUAACAAGUGUUUGACAUCUUUUAUUCUAAUUUUUUUUGUCCUCUUCAUAGCUUUCCUUAGAAGUUGUUGAGCUGGAUCCUUGCGUGGCCGAAAUUGCCAAAAGCUGGUUUGAAUUCAAAGAGGAUGAGCGAAUGAAAGUUGUGAUCGAGGACGGUCUGAAGUAUAUUCAGUCAAAAGGUUUGAUUUUAGUUCAUCUUUGCCACCUGACAAGGUUCCCUGACUGUCCCAAACCUGGGGAUGGCCGUGAAAUGUUCACCUCUUCUGCUGCGGAUGUAAUACCAAACAAUUUGAAUCGGCAUCUUGUUCAUUAUGAUUGAUAAAACCAGCUUUNGAUCGAGGACGGUCUGAAGUAUAUUCAGUCAAAAGGUUUGAUUUUAGUUCAUCUUUGCCACCUGACAAGGUUCCCUGACUGUCCCAAACCUGGGGAUGGCCGUGAAAUGUUCACCUCUUCUGCUGCGGAUGUAAUACCAAACAAUUUGAAUCGGCAUCUUGUUCAUUAUGAUUGAUAAAACCAGCUUUCAUUUCACGCUUUUCGCUGAUGCAGCAGCCCAGAUUCUUCCGAAAUAAAACCCGUUUACUUUAGCCUCUGCCGUGGGUAUUUCGAUUAGUUGGAACUCGGUAAAGAAAUGAGAAAAAGGGGAGGAGAACUGGUGGAAAGUCGAGAUGUCUCGCUCAUUUUCGUUGCUCCGCCGAUCGCGAUUGAGGUUUUCUUCACGGCAUCCCAAAGCCAACCUUCAACUGCGUAUGCUACCUUUACCACUGCCUUACCCCCGGUCGACAUAGAUUAUUUUUCGUAUUUCGCCUUAUAUAAUAAACUGGCGUGCAUUCGAGGCUGUUGCGGGUUCAUCUAUUCACGUGCGAUUCCCUUGCAAGCAUUUUAAACAAAAUUUCGAAACGUUGGCCUCGAUUUCAAGUUACAUGGCUCAUUAUGAUUGGUUUUCUUAAAUUUGAAUGUACUGAUUAUCUCUGUCGUUCCAUUCGUCCCGAAAAUUGUGAGCGUGCUUUAGCAGCCACGGCCAAAGCAAGUUGGAGUGGGGAUUAAAACCAGAGAAGCCAAAAAGGCGCUAUGAAUGGUCGUGGCUCAUGUCAAUAGCAACAACCUAUUUGGAUAUCAUGAAAAUUAAAGGUUCUGCAAUACGCUUGUACUGCUGAAAACACCAAGUACUUAGAACACUAGACCCGAGUAAUGUAUAUGAAUAGACCUUUCCCGCAUUCCGCUCCAGUGAGCAAGCAUAAAGAAAUGAGGUCGAGGCUCGGGUGGACAAUUUCAUACAAAUUACUGUAUUCUGUCUACCCAAGCCUCGACUUGAUGCCAUUGUUUACUGGAAUGCGGGAAAGGUCUAUAAUGUUCUUACGGGGUAUUUAUUGGCCUUUCUUUCUCAUUUGUAUUUUAUUUGUUUUCAGAAAUUUAUCCGAGCUACGAUGUAAUCAUAUUCGACGUGGAUUCUAAAGACAACAGCGUAGGAAUGAGUUGCCCUCCUCAAGCAUUUGUUGACAAAGCAUUUCUCACUCGAGUUCAUUCCCUCCUUACUCCAACAGGUACGACAAAACAGUAACCUGCUGAAGAAAGCGUACUGAGACCCUGUUUAUAUGGAGAAAAGUUGUCCCGCGAAAGAGGGUCACCCUCCCAGUCGGGUCAACUUUAGCGAGCGUUGACCCCUUUGCCUGAGCCAAGAGCUGAUAACAGCGCUCUCCCAUGCUCUGAUUCUCUCGCCUCGACCGAAUUUACCCCGCUGGGAGAGCCAAAGUGUUUAUUUGGAGGAAAUCUGGCCCGGCUAAAAGGGUGACCUGGCUAGGCGGGUCACCAUUCUAGCCGAGGUAACGUCUUCGUUUUGUUUCUCGUGAAAACGGUUUGGGUAGGUGGGUGACCCUUCCACCCGGGACAAGUUUUCUCCAUAUUAACGGGGCUUAAGUUACACGCUUGGACACAGUACACUUAGCUUACUUAAUAGGUAGAUUCUUUAUUUAAAACUCGGUAAAAUCUUCAGUAAUAAUAGAGUAAAAAUCUAAUUACAAUUAAUUAGACUAAAAACUAUCGACAUACUGUUUUACAAGACUGCCGAGUGAGAGUCCGACUUCUCAAAUACAUGUUUGAUUUGCUCUUUAAAUUUCCUGACUGAUUUAAUUUCUCUCACAUUUUCGGGUAAAGAGUUCCACAACAAAGCACCGCUGUAACUGAAACUUCGUUUCAAGUAGUUAGUACGCGGCCUGGGCAACGUCAAUUUAUGAAAGGAAUUGCGCAAAUCAGUCUGUGCUUCGUUCGUGAAAUAGGUUCUGCAAGUACACUGGAGCUUGUUCAUUUAGAGAUUUAAACAUCAUUUUUCCUUUCUGCUUCUUUCUCCUUAUAACUAAUUUGUCCCAUUUGAGUAUAUCCAGAAGCAGGCUCGAGCUAGUCCCAUAGUUGGCCUUUAAAAUUACUCUAGCUGCACGGUUCUGUAACUUUUGUAAUUUGUCACUCAGAUGAUCACUUAAGCCAUCCCAAACGAGGCUACAGUAAUCAAAGUGAGGUUGAAUUAAGGAGUUAUAGACUAGUACCGCAGUAGAUUGGGAGAUAAGGGGCCUGAUACGUCUAAGGGCACCUAUAGCCGAAGUUACCUUCUUACACAAUUCGUUAACAUGAUUAGACCAGGAAAGCCGAUUGUCGAUAAUGAGACCUAAUGAUUUUGCGUGAUCAACAUUGCUGAUAACUUGGUCUUCUAGUUUAAUGUUUAUUUCGUUAUGGCUUUCCGCAAGAAGCUUCUGGCGAGAGCCAAUAACCAUAAACUCGGUUUUCGCAACAUUAAGACUAAGCUUAUUGGCUUUUAGCCAACAGUGAAGGUUCAGUAGUUCUAAGUUAGUCUCUUGUUCAAGGUCAGUUAGAGAGGAACCAGAAAUGGUAAUAGUUGUAUCAUCUGCGAACAUUUUAGCGCAUGCUGAAUUAAGCAGUUUGGAAGAUCGUUUAUACAGAUUAAGAAGAACAAAGGACCGAGAAUACUACCCUGUGGGACUCCGCAUCUUAGUUCGCUUGCACUGGACAAUACGCCAUUAACAUAACAUUUCUGGCUUCUGUUACCUAGGUAGGAGGCAAAGAAUCGUAGGAAACCCAGAUCAAGUCCAUACUUUGCAAGUUUACGUAACAAAAUUGCAUGGUCAAUGGUGUCAAAAGCCUUUUUAAGGUCGAUAUAUACCACACCAUUUAAAAGGCCGUUAUCUAUAUUACUAGACCAGUUGUUCGUUGAUUCAAGUAGCGCUGUCAUUGACUAUUUUCCAAUUGCCCAUAAUACACUCUGUUUGCCCCCCAAAUUUUGCAUAACUUAUUGUCUUAAAAUGCUCUUGGGAAAAUGCAAUACUCCCAGGAGCAUUUAAAAACAAUGGUUUAUGCAGAAUUUGGGGGGCAAUUGGAAAAUAGAGAAUGGUGCUAUGGAGCGAUCGAAAGCCGGAUUGAUAAGUAUUCAAGAGUUUGUUUUUAUCUAGGUAAUCGUAGAGUUGUUGAUAGAUAAUUUUCUCGAAUAGCUUUGAGACAAUUGGCAAUACAGAAAUUGGUCUAUAGUUAUUCAGGUCAGAUUUUGAUCCUUUUUUAAAGAUAGGAGUCACCUUGGCGAUUUUCCAUUCAUCUAGAAGGGUUUCUGUUUCUAUACAGCUAUUAAAAAUUUUCGUUAAUGAUGGUCCAAUAAUGGAACUGGCUAAUUUUAGAAGUUUACAAGGAACUCCGUCCAAUCCCAUGGCUUUCUUUUCGUCGAGCUGACUUAGUAGCUCACACACAGUUGUGACACUAAGAGCCCUUAAGGAGAAGGCUGUUUUAGUGGGCUGUAAAUAACUUUCAGGGUCGAUAUUAGAAGGUGAUAAUUUACUGGCUAGAUUUGGUCCAAUAGAUGUGAAAAAGUUAUUAAAAGCUUCCGCAAUUUCAGGCGCAGAAUUUAUAGUUUCGUUAUCUGUUUUAAUUUCAGUGAUAUUGCGGUUUGUGCAAGAUUUACGCGAGCUCAGUUCGUUAAUUAGCUUCCAAGUUUUGGAAGAAUUCUUUUUGUUCAACUCUAAGUUGUGCAAAAAAUACUGACGUUUCGCUGAUUUGAUAGCAUUGUUAGUUUCAUUCCGCGCUUGCUUGUAUUGUUCCCAACUAGCUGCAUUGUUUUCAAUAAUAGCUUUCUUUUUUAAAUAAUUUCGUUUACAGAUUUUACGCAUCAGGUCAUAUGUAAUCCACGGAGAAUGCUUUUUUGAGAUCCGCUUUGUUUUCAGUUAGGCAUGUUUAUCAACAAUUUCCAUGAACAGGGUUUUCCACGCAUCCCACAUAGCAGUUGGAUUUGGCUCUAAGCUAAUUAUAUCCCAUGGCUGUUGAACAAGGUCAUUUAAAAAUUUGUCGCUGUCAUUUUUUUUGUAAUCACGAGUUUCGAUAGAACGGUGCGUGCCAACACGUUCAUAACGUAUUUUUAUAGUCAUAAAAACCAGUGAGUGAUCGCUAAUCCCAAGAUGAACGACACCAGAGUUAACAAUUUUUUCGGGAGAAUUAGUUAUACAAAGGUCAAUUAAUGUGCGUGAUGUUGAUGUAAUCCUGGUUGGUUCAGAGAUCAUUUGGCUCAAUCCGUAAAUAUCAAAUAUAUUCGUUAAAUUGGACGAAAUGUGGUAGUUUGACCGAUUGAAUGUUUAUUUUGUGUUUAAUUUUCGAGAUAACGCCAACAGUUCGCUUUUAUUUCAGGCGUAUUUCUUCUCAACCUUGUUUGCCGCAAUACUUCUCUCAGAGGCGAAGUUCUCAGCGACCUUCACAGUGUAUUCCCCGAACUUUACAGCAUCCACAUUGAAGGAGAAGUGAAUGAAAUAGUGAUUGCUCUACCACAACCGAGAUACCAGCCUGAUAAAUCAAACCACGGGUCUUGGGAAACAUUGAAGAUUGUAUUUCGAAACUUAGUGGAUGAACUACAAAAACUUGCUAAGAAACAGGGCCAUCCAUGGGAUCCCUCCCUGGACUUGUGUGAACUUGUUAAAAACAUUAAAAUUGUAUAG